UGAAGCAGCCGCUGCCAAUCCGCAGCACAGCGGAAGCAGCGGAGCAGUGGAGCGGAGGAGCAGGGGAGCGGAGGAGCAGAGGAGCAGCUGACUGGCGCAAAAAGCCAUAAUAAUCGGGCGGUAAACACUUGACAACGCUCAAACGCCGUGCGACAGUCGCCGCGAUAAGUUGCAAUUGCCUGCUGCCACGGAUGAAAUAUCGGAGUGUUCUCCGCGAGAAUCAGACACAUAUAUAAGCGAGCCCGAAACCCAACCCGAAACCAAACCCGAAACACCCAAAACAACCCGACGUGGUCGAUGCGUUCUGAACAUCCGGACAAUCGGCGUUGAGGGUCAAGCGCAGUCGGACGUAGAAACUCGGGUCCUUCGAUUCGCGCUCCCUGUGAUAUCAUCCACUCCCAGUAGGGAGCACUCGUCCUGCCAAGUGUGUGAAAUGCAAAUGUGCUCGGCUCGUUAGCUUACGACAAGUUGCCCGUGCAAUCGAUAAGAAUCCGUGUCCAGCGUCCAGUUAGCAACCAAGUGCAAGGACUCCCCAGAGCCACAUCAUGGCCGAUCGCUUCCAGAUCUCAAAGGUGAACGGCACCGCGAACGCCGGCUACGAUGGAGAAGCUGGAUCAGCUCCAUCCGACCAGGCGGAUGCAGCCCACCCACUUCCGCCGACCAGCAACGAGCACCACCUGCACCCUAAGGCUCCGGGGGAAACGGGCGAGAACCGCCGCAGCUCCCGGCUCUCCUUCCGCGGAUUCGGAAACUUUCUGCGGAAGUCGGACGCCGAGCGCAAGUUCAGUCUCGCCCAGCUAACAAAGGAGAGUCUGCCGCGCCUGGACAACUACCGCAUUUCCAUGCGCAACCUGAAGCGUCCUUCCAUCGGCGAGCUGCAAGGAGAGGCGGUCGAUCAGAGCAUCACUAUUCCCGAGGCCGAGCCGGAAGCCACUGGCGGACACAUCAAGCUGGGAUGGAUCGUCGGUGUGCUGAUACCUUGUCUCCUGAACAUCUGGGGCGUCAUGCUCUUCCUGCGCCUCAGCUGGGUGGUGGCCGAGUCGGGCAUCCUGCAGUCGCUGAUUAUAAUUACGAUCUCGGCGGUGGUCUGCGUCAUCACGACGCUCUCGCUGUCAGCCAUUAGCACCAACGGCGAGGUCAAGGGCGGCGGGGUCUACUUCAUCAUUUCCCGUUCGCUGGGCCCCGAGUUUGGGGCGUCGGUGGGCGUGGUCUUCGCCUUCGCCAACGCCGUCUCGGCAUCGAUGAACACCAUCGGCUUCUGCGAAUCGCUAAAUGUCUUACUGAAGAACAACGACCUGAAGAUUGUCGACAACGGGAUCAAUGACAUCCGCAUCGUUGGAUCGGUGACGGUACUGGUGCUGAUCCUGAUCUGCUGCGUGGGUAUGGAGUGGGAGACGAAGGCCCAGAACUUCCUGAUCGUCACGAUUGUCCUGGCCAUCUUCAAUUUCCUGAUCGGAGCUGCCAUCGGACCACAGGGCAAUGAGGAGCACAUUUCGAGGGGUUUCGUGGGCUUUUCAUGGGCCACACUUAAGGAGAACUUCGGCUCGGACUAUCGCUAUGCGGAGGGCGUGAACCACGACUUCUUCAGCGUGUUCGCCAUCUUCUUCCCCAGCGUAACAGGCAUCCAGGCAGGAGCCAAUAUCUGUGGAGAUCUCAAGGAUGCCGGAGCAGCUAUCCCGAAGGGCACUUUCUGGUCCCUGCUCAUCUCCAUGACCUCCUACGCCCUCUUCGUCCUCUUCGCCGGCGGCGCUGCUGUAAGGGAUGCUUCCGGUAUACCGGCUGACCUUGUCAACGGCACCAUUGUCGCCUCGGAGCUGCCGUGCAUGGCCGCAGGCAACUGCACCUGGGGUCUCUUCAACUCGUACGAGAUGAUGCAGGAGAUGUCGCUGUGGGGACCGCUAAUCUACGCCGGCUGCUUUGCGGCCACGUUGAGCACGGCCCUGACUAACCUGCUCUCCGUUCCCAGACUGGUCCAGGCCUUGGGCAUUGACCAGAUCUACCCAGGUCUAAUCUUCUUUUCGAAGCCGUACGGCAAGCACGGGGAACCGUACCGCGGCUACGUACUGACCUUCUUCAUUACCACUGGCUUCCUGCUGAUCGGAGAGCUCAACCUGAUUGCUCCUCUGAUCUCCACCUUCUACCUGGCCUCCUACGCCCUCAUCAACUUUUGCACAUUCCACGCGGCCUUCGUGAAGCCAUUGGGAUGGCGACCUACCUUCAAGUACUACAACGCCUGGCUCAGCCUCUUCGGGUUCGCUAUGUGCGUGGCCAUCAUGUUCCUGAUCAACUACGUGGCCGCCAUCAUCACCUUUGGUAUUAUCUUCGCGCUCUAUCUGGUGGUAAUGUACCGCAAGCCGGAGGCCAACUGGGGAUCCACCACGCAGGCGCAGCAGUACAAGGCUGCUCUUAUGGCUGUCCACCGACUGCAGAACGUCUCGGACCACGUGAAGAACUACCAUCCUCAGGUGCUGGUGCUCUCCGGCGAUCCCAAGACCAGACCGCCACUCGUGGACUUUGGCUACCUGCUGACCAAGAACAACUCCCUCAUGUUCGUGGCGAAUAUAAUACCGGUGCGAGUGGGCUACAAGAACCGGCAGCACCUGGUGAAGGAUGGACAAAAGUACCUGGAUGCGCGCAAGAUCAAGGCCUUCUACAAUGUGAUUGAUGGAUUCAGCCUGGAGGACGGAAUAAAUGCUCUGACAAAGUCAACGGGAUUCGGCAAGAUGUCUCCGAACAUUGUGCUGGUGGGCUACAAGCCGGACUGGAACCGCUGUCGCAAGGAGGAGGUGGAGAGUUACUUUUCCAUUUUGUACAAUGCCUUUUCUCAGCGCAUGGGCGUGGCCCUGCUCCGCCUGCCCAACGGAUUGGAUUUCUCGGAGCUGAGUUCCGAGGUUACUCUGCCGGCCAACGGAAUGGGCCACAUGCACACCGCCAAUGCCCACGGAUUCACCAACGAACUGAUACCGGCGGCCAAUGCCGCCUCCGAGCUACUACACAUUGACUCCAACCUGAACCUAGCCAGCAUGGACAGUCCCAACUCCUCGUUCACAAUGCCGCAGCCAGCACCGAUGCCCAACAUGCAGCGCAACCCCCGCAGCUACAAGGUGACCAGCUCGGAUGAGCCCGCCGUCACCUACCACACCAAGGGCGGAUCGGAUAUACCCCAAAACCUUCUGGACGCCAUGACCAUAUUCACUCGCAAACAGCCCAAGGGCACAAUUGAUGUCUUCUGGCUGUACGACGACGGAGGUCUCACUAUUCUCCUGCCCUACAUAAUCUCCAUGCGCUCCCACUGGCAGAACUGCAAGCUUAGGGUGUUCGCAAUGUGCCACGGAAAGGACGAGGAGCAGGAAGAGAAGAGCAUGGCCAGCUUGCUGACCAAGUUCCGCAUCAAGUACUCGGAGCUCAUUAUGCUGAAGGGCGUCUCCGAGCAGCCGCGGGCGGACACGCUGCUGAAGCACAAACGCCUGAUCGAGCCCUUCCGCCGCGGAGCCCGCAACGAGUUCGGGAUCACAGACGAUGAGCUGCAGAGCAUGUCGGAGAAGACGAACCGCCAGCUGCGUAUCCAUGAGCUGGUGGUAAAGCACUCGUCGAACGCUUCUCUGGUGGUCAUGUCCCUGCCCAUGCCGCGCAAGGAGGCCAUCUCAGCACCGCUGUACAUGUCUUGGCUGGAGAUGCUCACGUCGGACAUGAAGUGUCCGGUGGCAUUGGCGCGCGGCAACCAGACGCCUGUGCUGACGCUUUACUCCUAGACUAGGCCUUGCUUUCAGUUCGAGUACAACUUAGUAUUAUUAGCGUUUAGGUGUUCCACCCAGUUCCCAGUAGAAUCGAGACAGUCCCUGGACUGGGAGUUCUGCUAUGUGUGUGGAAUUCCAGAGCCCAGACUCUUGUUCUAAGAGACUCACACUACUUACUUACUCUUUUGUACGAUCGAACUCCUAAACGCUUGACGGUAGUCCCUAGUGAAGAUUUGUGUGGCAUAGUUCUAACUGUUUUAAAACGGAUCCAGAUCGAUUUCAAGACCUGUUUCACAUGCAAUAGAUUUAAGUUAAUUACGAACUACUUACUGAAUAAACGAACCCGUAAAAUAUA